UUUUACUUUAUUACUAACACUACUUAAAUUAUAAUACAUAACAACUUGAAAAAUGUAUAAGUAAUAUAUGCUAUAAUAAGUAUUUUAAAGGAGCAACUAAGCAGAAUGUUUGCAUCUAGAAAAGUGGGUUCAAAGUUAUCAUUAGUCCCUUGUUUCAAGUCUCUCCUUUCUUCCUUUCUUUGCGUUCUUUGCUCUCUUGUGAAAUUUUCCCCUAUCCCUUCGCUAGGCCCUGCCAGGGUCCGUGGUUUUCGCCCUCCCACCGGCCAGAUCAAGACUUGUGCUACUUGUCGACCCGGUUAGUGUGCACGCUGCUCCCGUCCAGUCAGUCCCUUUUCUCUCGAGACAUUGCUUGACUCCGCCAACUCUCCUGCUCCCGCUCGUUUUGCGUCUUCCUCUCGCUCUUCGCUCUGCUAUUGCUAGUGCUGCAGUUACUGCUCCCAUAUCGCUUUCUGCGUUCCCUCCAUAGGGCCUUGUCCUUUCCAAUGCAGCUCCCGUCAUGUCUCUCAAUGGGUUAGAUGAUCCCGCUGUCAUCGAGUCCUACCAGUCUGCCCUCGCUGAAGCUGGUGGAUGGUUUCUGGUCAAAUAUGUCAGUCGGGAUACUGUCGCCCUCCUUGCCCGUGGAUCGGGGGGAGUGACCGAGAUCAGAAUCACCAUCGAUGGCUACGAGGAAACCUCUCCUCUCUACGGCUUUCUACAGUAUCGCAGGAGGAAAAUAAUAUUGAAAUAUGUCCCCGAGGGAAUUUCAAGGUUGAUUCAAGCUCGAAUCACGGUUCAAUUCCAAUCGAUACUGGACAAGUUCUCCCCCCAUGAUACUGUCUUCUCCCUAGCCCUCUCGUCGGAGUUGACAGAGAGUGCACUCUCCUCCGCCUGCCUGCUCCAUACUGCGUCCAGUUCCAUGACAUCGUCGUCAAGCUCCCUUCGUCGUCGCAGAUUGGGUGAAAUUACUGAGGAUGCUGAGGAAUGUGCGAGCCCUCGUGAAGAAACAUAUGGGCAGUUCGACAACGGUUAUGGAAAUCGAAGGGAAAGCGUUUUCAGUGGGACGUCGGAUGCAACCGCUGUACCCAGUCACCACCAGCGGGGUCAAGGAUCGGUCGAUACUUCCGGAACGGAUCUCUCAAGGCCUCCACAAUCUGACCGUUCCGAAUCCACAGCUGAGAAAUCUUUACCCGCUGUGCCCCGAAAUCGCACCGAGAGCCAGUCAAGUGGCCAUGCGCAGAGGCAUUUCCUAGACUCCCUUGAUCGCUCUCCUACUGAUUCGCGCAAAUCUUCUCAGUCCACUAGACCAUCACUGAGAGAUUUGGAUUCAAUAAGCAUGUAUCGCCCAAAGGUUAAGUUAGGGCCCCGGCCCUCAAUGGACCCAAGUGGGCGACCACGGACCGCAGGAUCGAUAGGGAGAUCUAGCGAUACUCGCCCAGUAGCCUCACUACCUGCAGGUGUACGAACGUCAGCCCGAAAGAACAGUCCCUCCGGGGGGCGUCCCAAAUCCCAACCUGACAUCCCGGUCCCACGUCUUCCACCAUCAAUGGCUCCGCCUGUACCCCACUUAUUAAUUCCACCUCCCCCGCUUAACCUUGGCCCAAUGUCCAGACAUUCUCCGGGUUCCCCCAGAUCAGUAAUGAGCGUGCCAAGCUCACUCUCCAUAACACCCGAAAAACAGAGAUUAAUGCGGGCGCUGGAAUUACGAAAAAGGCAAAUGGAGAAACGUGUGGAGGAGACUGAAAAGAAAAAUGAUGAGCUUAGUAGUGAAUCGAAGCAAGUAGUGAAGAAAUUGGAGGUUGAGGGAAACAAAGAAAAUAUUGAGAUUGUCCAAAUGGAAGUGGCUGCGAAACCACAACAGACUGAAGUUGCCUCAUUUGAAUCGGAUGCGUUGGCUCCACUACAACUCACUCCCAGAUCCCAAGAGCCGCAACACCCGCCGUCUAUAUAUCCUGUUCAGGAACAGAAACAGACACCCCCGUCGCCGGAUCCUUCGAAUCCAGACUCAGCUGUAGAUGUCUGCACAGUGGAACCCAAAAACAUUGAAUCCGCAUCUUCCUCCACAUCUGUUAAGAGUAUUGUGUCGUCGGAAGUAGAGGAACAACAUUCCUCCCCAACGAUCUCCGUUACCAGUCCAGACGCCUCAAAACACGGUGAGGAAGAUGAGGCUUGUGAGGCGUCGGAACCUAGUCAGGCUAAUCCACAAAUUGUGGAGACCGAUACCACAAUUGACACACAACAACAAACACAGAAUAAUGACGCGAGUGAAUCAACACAAGAUACCCAGCCAUCGGAUUCUCCAACAGAUGAUCUUAUAGUCUCUAUAAUUGAAGUCCCAUCUGGCGUCUCUUCCCCGAAUGCCACUCCCAGAGCAAUCCCAAGAGAUUGUCAAGCUGCGCCGCCUCAAACAGCAGAAAUGACACCUACAGACAUACCCCAGGAACCUUUACAAUCUAACAACAUCCCUGUAGCAUCGCCCAUCUCGCAGAAGCUCAUAGAAUGUCUCCCCGUGGAAUCAAUAUCCGCCGCUGGUGAUAGUGAUGUGCCCAAAUCAGGCAAAUCCUCUUCUGAGACAGAGCCAUCUGAAGCUAACAAUCUCAAGAGCAAGCACAAAGGGCCCGUGGACCCUAUCCAUAUUGUAACGCAAUUCGAUCAAUCGGACGAAGACAAUCUCUUGUCCGAUGAUUCUUUUAUGGAGGAAUUGGGAAGUGCUACAUUUCAAGAAGCCAAGCCCAUCGCAGUCCCGAAGACCCCGACUGCGUUCGCCAAAAAUGGAGAUUUGGACCCAGCCGCGGAUUGGAAGAAAUCUAGAGUAUUCUCUAACCCGCCUAAUGCAAGAAAUACUGGACCCGAUGUGCAAGCACUCCCAAUUGGCAGAUCUCCUUCUGGAUCUUUUCUCGAAAGCCAAAAAGCAGUCCCUGUACUUGUUGCUAAAAAAGUGAACGUCUCCUCCGGAAUCUCAAAACGAAUCAAGGCCUUGGAAAUGUUUUCCAGCCGCGAAGGCCCAACACCUACGGUGCCGCAGCCUCCCCCGCCAACAAGUGCGGCGUCAUCCCCUUUUGAAAAAUUCCGCAAACGGGCCUCUAUGUCACAGACUAGCCUACCCCCUGCUUCCACGCUCAGAAGCAAGUCUCCUUCCUAUUCCCCAUCACCUUCACCUUCAGAAAGGCGUGCUUUAUCUCCCAAUCCUUCAAAACGGGCCGACAGCCAAACAACAAACACCCAGUCCCGAGGAAAGUCGAAUUCAGUCUCUGUGACAGCCCGCAUCAUUCGGGAUCCAGCUGCUCCACCCAAUGAACCUCCAGCUAACCCUUCGGAACCCACCGUCCUUAAUCUGCAGCGCAGCCCCAUUAUUGUUGAGAGCGAUACCCCCCAAUUAUCUCCUCGUCCUUCCACUUCAGCGGCAACCCGUCCAGAGAAACGCAGUCUAUCUACUUCUUCUAGCACUGGGUCAGGGCGCUUAUCUACCUCCCAAGGUAUCCCUCGCUCCGAUUCUACGCCGAGCAAGAUCUCCGCCUCAUCUCGGUCUAGACAUGAAGCACAUGGUCCACAUCCCUCACCUGACGUAUCGCACAGUCCCCUGAACCGUGUUGAUGAGUCAAAGGAAGAGAAGAGGGAGUCUAGAAAAUCGCGCAUUAUUCGCCGCAUGUCAUCUAUCACUUCAAAUUCUCGACGGGGUCUAAUAAAUGCUCUAAGCCCGACCUUGAAAGAGGAAGAAUCACAGCUGGCCUCUUUAAACGAUGAAAGCAGUACCCCUGAGCCUCCUCAGAUGGUUGAUAUUGGCGAGGUCAACGUGCAAUUUCCCGACACUCUUCUGUGGAAACGGAGGUUCAUGCGCAUCGAUGACCAAGGCUAUCUUAUUCUCACUCCUGGUACCAUCGACGGGACUGCUCGAAAUCUCGUCAAGAGAUACCAUCUUUCAGAAUUCCGGCCCCCAUUUUUGCCGGAUCAAGAUAGGCAGGAACUCCCAAACAGCAUCGUGCUUGAUUUCCUGGACGGGAGCACCUUACAGUGUGCAUGCGAGUCAAGACAGGGACAAAGUGGUAUCCUUCAAGUACUUCUAGAAGCCCACCGGGCUUACGAGCACGUUUUCCCUCAGCAAUAAUCGAGAUGAUCGCCCACUGAGCUGAAAUUAGACAACACUCGCGCAUCCUCUCAUAGCACCUAAUUUCCCCUGCCGGUAUCCCACAGCUACCUAGAAACAACAUCCUUCGAUUUAUUUCGUUUGUAGAGGCGACUUUCUCUCGCAUUCCAUACACCAACCUCGAACAGUCGUUUUAAAACUCUUUCUUUUAUCCUUUAUUUUCAUUUGUUUCUAUUUGGGUGACAAAACAUUGCCUAGGAAAGAUCUACUUGUUUCUCUUUCUCUCUCUUUCUCUUCUGUAAUAUUUCAUGAUUUCUACGAUAUUAUGAUAUUUCAUUUUGGCCUUUCAACAACCACCACGCCGCCUGGUCAACCCCUCCCGAUAAGUUGACCUACCGAUAAUGCGUAAUAUUUAGUCUCCUUCUCUAAUUGCGCCCACCAGCACUGUCAACUCGCGAGACCCGGAGCCUCGUUCCCUGGGGUAGAUAGUCUGCCACUUGUGGAGGACGAUAUUUGUUGCCAAGGAAUAAGCCUAAUCAGCACUCCCCUUUCACCAGAACCCGGUGGACAUGCGCUUGGAUUGUGCGAGUAUUGGUCGACCAUUGGCCGGAAAGAACAAUAUCAUCUUCUUUGCUGUCGUUUCACGGACGACAUCCUCACCGGAAGACUUCGCUGAAUGGGCGAGAUGAGCCAUACGUUCUGUUGUAUGGUUUCUGAGGGGCUACUAGCUCGUGCAGUCUUCGCUUUCUCGCACGGGGCAUAUAAAAAAAUACUUCACCCUUCAUAUCUAUCGUCGACAGUGGAAUUUGUAUUUUGGCGGAAGUAACGCUGGCCUCUUUCUCCUUUUCUAUUUUUCUCUUUUGUCCCGUCAUUUUCUUUUUUCCCCUAUUUUUGCAUCUUAAUUGUGGUUGUUGGCAUGUCGCAAAUAUAUACCCCGCCCCUCCCCCACCCUGAUUCUCUGAAAAGCAUUUUCACACUGCCCUUAUUCUCCUUCCUGUUGCCCUCCACCCCUUUUCUUUAUUUACACGCAUUAUCAAUCACUCGCUUUUGAUAUUUCCCUCUCCUUUCUUCAUUACUUUUCUAUCUAGGUACUCGCCUUCCUUUCUCGUCCUCCACUUCUUGCUUGUGUUGGUUUUUAAUUAUUAUCCCUGUUCCAUGUCUUGAUUUCUCUCGCAGGAGUAUCUAGUUUUUCCUCUUUCCCCUUGUUCUAGCCUCUUUCCAUUCGAACCCCACACUACCCAUUGUCGUUUUUUCCCCUUACCAACACUCUUUGGUUGUUUCCCGGUUCUAGCUGUGUCUCUUUUGUUUUGGUACCCUUCAAUUCCAGAUGUUCCACUAUUUUAUUUGCCUUCUUUGAUAACUUUUCUUCACCUCUUUUGACGGAUCCCUUUUCCCUCUUCCUUCUUUCUUCUUUCUCUUUGGUUUUCACUUCAUGCCCACCUUUCCAUCUCCUUUUUGCGUCGAUUGAUAUAACCUCUUAGUUUUCGAUUUUGCAUUUCUCCCUUUUCGUUUUUCGUUCUCCAUCGUUUCCAUUUUUACCAUUUUACAAACUUAUUCUUCAAUUUCUAUUGUUAUAUUAGCUUCCCAGUCGCAUAUUCCACCACUUAACUGGUACUAUCUAACAAUACAUCCCCCUCCAUCUUUUUUCUUCUCCAUAGCUGAACCCCUUACUUUCAUUUCACCUUGGAAGCCAUCGGCUAGUUACCAUGCCCGCCAUAGAAUUCCCCCGUAGGAAGUGACCCAUCCUGGGUUUUAGUACCCGGCUGCAAAGAGAUGGAGAUUUUAAAUUUGGACGAUAUAUUGUUUAAUCUGUAAAUUAGCGCAAUUCUACGGUGGCCAGAUUCGACAUUUCUUCUCUACUCCGUUCUUCCUUCUCGGCAUCUGAUUUUAGAAUGAUAAAAAGAGAUAAUUGUUAACAAUCGGGGGAAAUAUACUUAUUCCACAUCAGAAGAAGUGGGGAAAAGUUCACGCAUAUUUGUACAUACAAUGUCUAUAUCAACAGGAAGUAAAAAUGGAGAAAGUUUUUACCAAGCCAGCGCUCCGAGACACCCCUAGAUUAUGAAGGGGGGUAAGGUCCCGGGAACGUAGUAAAAACCCUUGAUAAAGCAAACAGUCAUUCAAUCACUUCGAGUUUCCUCUUCUACAUCAACCACCUCUCUCUACCUCUCCUCCUCAUUAGAACCCUCCUUCCUACCCUCGCUUGCGCCAUUCCCCUUCUUCUCCCCAUACCUCUCUCCAUUCCUCUCCGCCCAC